CUGGCUGCCCGUCGCCGCGGAGGCGCCCUUUCUUCCUCCGCGCGUUGCCCCCGCAAGGAGCCGGCAGCGGACUCUCCUGGUACAGAAUUCAGGAGAUCUGUACUAAAUUGAGAAACGAAUUGCAACUUUCUGACUUGCCAAAAUGUUGGAAGAAGAUUUGGAGGUGGCUAUCAAGGUGGUUGUCGUUGGAAAUGGAGCAGUUGGGAAGUCUAGCAUGAUCCAGAGAUACUGCAAAGGAAUUUUUACAAAAGACUAUAAAAAGACUAUUGGAGUUGAUUUCUUAGAAAGAGAAAUGCAGGUCAACGAUGAAGAUGUUCGAUUAAUGCUAUGGGACACAGCAGGUCAAGAAGAAUUUGAUGCAAUUACUAAAGCUUAUUAUAGAGGAGCCCAGGCUUGUGUGCUUGUGUUUUCAACCAUUGAUAGGGAAUCUUUUGAAGCAAUUCCUACCUGGAGAGAGAAAGUAACAUCUGAAGUCGGAGAUAUUCCCACAGUUCUUGUUCAAAAUAAAAUUGACCUCCUUGAUUAUUCUUGUAUAAAAAAUGAAGAAGCAGAGGCACUUGCGAAAAAACUAAAAUUAAGAUUUUAUCGGGCAUCUGUAAAGGAAGACUUAAAUGUAACAGAAGUUUUUAGGUAUUUGGCUGAGAAGUACCUUCAAAAACUUAAGCAACGAAUAAUGGAAGAUCCAGAAGUUGUACACACAAGUAGUAACAGAAUUGGUGUUUUCAAUACAGCAGGUGGAAGUCAUUCUGGCCAGAAUUCUAACUUGCUUAAUGGUGGUGAUGUCAUCAACCUUAGGCCAAACAAACAAAGGACCAAGAAAAACAGAAGCCCUUUCAGCAACUGCAGCAUACUCUAGGACUGUCACUUAGAUGAAAUCAUGGUCUGACCGAGUUGUUUAAGUGAAGUCCUUAAGGAACACAACUGGCUAUAGAGAUGUUUUAUCAGUGCUUUAGCAGAUGUUGCACACAUUGGAUCUACACUGAUAGGGAAUACUGCUGUUAAAAUGAAUGAUUCGUAAUGGUAAAUAAUGAGAUCCCAGGUGGCUCAGAAAUAAUAACAUUGAUCAUGCAUUCAUUUGACAUUCGGUAGGACAACUUUCUAGUUGAAAGGAAUGAUGUAUUAAUGUAUACAGUAGGUUUCAUUUUAAACAAAAUUUGAGCUGAAAUGCUUAAAUAUCACAUUCAUAUUGUUCAGGACAAAAUAGUUUUUCGACUUGUUAGAUCCUGUGGCUCAGAGCCAGAGCCUUAAUAAUGAAGCAGAAAUUAAGAGUUUUUUAAACUGUCCAGUACACAUUUUGGCAACAUUGGUGGUGCAAUAUUUGUAUAGCUUAUGAAAUUUAACUGCAGUGUAUAUCUAUAAAAACAUGGUCAAAGAUUCAGGUAACAAAAUAGUUAUUAGGUCUAAGCAGAAGGUUCUGACAAUAAAACAAGCUGUUUGAUAAAUUCAAACAAAACUUUUUCUAAUGGUACUGGCACAUUUCAAUUUUCUCUACACUGUGGGCCUUAACUUUUUUUUAUUGUAUUGUGCCAAAAAGUAAUGUUUAUGCUGCUACAUUUAUAUAUUUUUGUCAAUUAUUGUCAGAUAUACAAUACAUUCUAAAAUAUAACAGGACAAGUAAAUGAUAAACGGUACAACCAAACAGAAUAUAGGAAAUUCCUUUAAAAAAAAACUCUAUAGGUUAUAUAUUCAUACGUUCUUAUGAAGAAUAUGAAGAGAUCUGUUAUCAAAAGAUUAAAAUGCAUCUUAUAUCUAUUGUGCAUUCCAUAUUAAGGAAGUAAGGCCCUUUUUCUUUUCUGGUAUUAAAAGAUGUGCCUGUUUUUAAUGACAUUGUGUGAAUGUAAAGUUGCUGUCUUAAUGUCUGCUUACCUAGUAGUGAAUUCCACCAGAUUAAUGGGACUUGCUCUGAGUAAACGUGCACAGAUCUCGCUGCUGUUCCACUGAUGCUAAUGUACCUCCAUAUAAUAUGUUUAGGUUCAGGGUGUUAAAAAAAAUUAAAUCUUAUGUUACAAUAUUAUUCAUAAAAUGUUAACCAUAUUUUCCCUGAUGAAGCAUGCAUCUACAAUAUUGUUUUCUGUUUACAAAUUGUGUAAUAUUCCUACAGUAUUUCUGUAACAUCCUUCUGCCAGCAGCUAAUUACUGUUUCUAAGAAAUGUUCAAAUAUCAAUAGUUUAGGAGCACAAUUAUAUUCAAGACCAGAGCUGGAAUUCUGCCAGCCUGAUUACAACAUUUUUUUUCUAUAUGAAUAUUAUUUUACACUUUAUGUUCAUAAACACUAAAACAUUACACUCAAGAGAUUUUUCUUACCAGAAGUUUGUAUCUUGUAUUUUGAGACAGGGUUCUUACAUCCUAUUAAAUUAAUUAUAAUCUAAAAAUGAUUACAUUUUUUUCCAAUGAUUACUUGGCCCGCAUUUCAUACUCAACAACCUACCAUUCCUCUUGCUUUUGUAACCAUUCUCAUUGUUAGUAAUGAGGUAGGAUAUGCAAUCAAUAUCCCUUUUCAUUUUGAAAAAUUGGACCAAAUUUCUUCCUUUAAACAACUAUAGCUAGUCACUAGGUGACUCUAUAUAUACGGGUCCAGAUUAUAUUUGUCUUGCUUUAUGGGACAAGUAAACACAUAUUCAAAGUUGUCCGUUGUCUGAUAAAAAAUACUGGUUUAAAUACCUAGGUUCUGCAUGCAUGCUAUUUUUAUAUGGAAAUUUUUACAUUAAAUGAUAGCCUUACAUGUU